AGGAUCUAAAGAACACGCACGCAUAUAACGAGAAAAAGGUAUCCAAGAGCCCGAAGAGGUACUACACCUAAAAAUCCCUGCAGCACGUAUGCGUGCCCAAAAACUGACCUGCACGUCCGUCCCACCGUUCGACUACAGUAGCAUCACCCCCUCCCUGUCCCACCCUAUACCAAAACGGAAGAUUGCCGACUACAGCAUAGUGCUGUCUGAAGUGCUGUCCAUACAAAAACACCAUGGUUGGUUCAGGGAGCAGCAGCACAGCAGUGUACUGCUGCUGUCCUUCUCUCCGCCCCCUGAAGGUUUCGCUCCACGCCCAACAGGAGGAUGGCCUCGUUGUCCCCACAGCCCGCCCAGCGCGGGAGCGUCUCUGUCGGCCGGAGCCCUUGGAGGGUCAUGAUGGUAGCGAUCAUCCUUGUGUACGGGGUGUUCCUACUGGUUGCCCGAGACGGCCAGACGAUGGGUGUAGCGCUCCGAGGUUCUAGCAGCAUCACCACCAGCACCAGCACCAGCACCGCUGUCGUCCAUGAGGAACGACGACAGUCAACGGAGGAGGAAGAGGAGGAGCCUGUCGUUGAAGAGUGGGACCCUGUGCCGGAGAGCCCUAGGACAUCGUACGGCAACACCCCUCGCGAGCCUGUCAAGGGCGGGGUUGAGAUUUACCCAAUCCAGGUACACAGGGAAGAGCGCCGGCAACCAUCAAGACGGGCCCGGAAGGCGACAAUUCCUCUGGUGCCGGAGGUGAUGGAAAUCGAGGGGGUCCCAACGGCCUGGAAGAUGCCGAAGGAGUAUGCAGAAGGAGGAGGCGAGGCGAUGAAGGGGCUGUACGUCAUGUUUCACGGGUGCAACCAUGGCCACAUGGAUUGGUUUGAUCUACCGGAAGAAAGAGCGAUCGUGAGCUAUCUGGUGAACGCGGGGUACGCCGUCGUCGCGCCGGCUAGCAAGAACCGGGUAUCUGGGUGCUGGAAGUACAACUCGGAGGACGGCGACGUUAGCCUCGUCAGAGCCAUGCUGUGGCGGUGGUACAGAGACUGGUCCAUUCCGCCCAACACGCCGCUGUUCCUGUUCGGGGCUAGCUCGGGAGGGAACAUGGCCACCAUGAUGGCCAGCAAAGGAGGCUUCCAGCUUUGCGAGAAGCGGACUACCUACGUCCAGGUCUCAGGGGUAAUGUCUCAGGUGUCCUGGGGGGCGCCUCCCUCUAGCUACGGUGCGGGCACUCCUCCGAUCGCCUUCAUGCCUAUGCCGAAGGGCGAAGAGGUCGAUCAAGGAGAGACCGACGCUAAGAACGUUCCGCAGGUGUUCGGGAACUCUCGAAAGAUCCCCCCGCAGAUAUCGAGCAUCGCGCACAGCGUGCGCCGGUCGGGGGGCAAGCCACGGAUGCUGCUGCUCCCCCUGGGCGAGCUGGCCGUGUACAGAGCCUUCUUUUCGGACAGGGUUUUCGAGGUGGGGGUGUGCCAGUGCUCUGGCGAGAGGCGGUGCUUCUUGGUCCAAGACCCUAGGAUGUCGCCGCUGGCCCUGGACACCCUCGUCACCGCUUACGAGGAGAGCUUGGCCCGUACCACCUCCUCUUCUUCCGGCGCCGCCAUCGCCGUAAAUGACACAUCGUUGGCGGCAGACAGUGGGGCCCCGCAGCUGUCCACCCGGCUGGAAGGGGGGGGGGCUCCGCUACCGUCGGCGCAGCAGCAGGGGGGCGGUUUCCAGAACGAUCCCCGGUUUUUGGGUGCUGCGUCGGAGGAGACGCCGUUGAUGACGACGGCACACGCUACUGAGGUCUUCCGGGUAAGGGGGCGUGACGUCAUCGAGUGCCCGCAGGCCAAAGAGGGGGGGGGAGGGGUGCGCUGUGUCGGCGGUUGGGUCAGGUUUAGGCGCGGACUUCGUAUCACUUUGGGAAAAGUGGCUGUGGGAUUCUUGCGGAGAAAACUGCCGACCGGGGCCAUGGAGAUAACGGUUGAUAGAAGGGGAGCCCAAACAACAAGUUGGUCGUCUCCUUACGACGGUGGCGGGAUGGGUUUCAUUGUCAUGGGGAAUCCGCUUGCGGAUCUCUUGUUUCAAUUGUACGCUCUUGCGGCUGAGAAGGUCCUCCCUCUUGAUUACGUCAAUGCCGCCUGAGCGCGCUUGUAUCGUAUUUGUCGGUGUGAUGUAUGUCGUGUUCGGCGGGAUCGAUCGACUCUUGGCGUCUGUCUCCCUUAAGGGGUUGUCCCGCCAGGCAUUCAUUCCUGUCCCUUGAUCCCUGCCCUGUUGUUUUUUCUGUGGGUGUUGACUGGUAUGCCUUGCUUGGCCGGG